AUGAGCGGAACAAAGCGGGAGCGCGGCGGGGGCGCGUGGGGCGCGGAGAGCAGCGGUCCCGCCGGGCGCAGUGGAGCCGGCGGAGCGGGGGGAGCCGGGGGGAGUUCCGCGGGGGCGGGCGCGGAGAAGAAGGUGAAGGUGAUGCAGCGCGGGCACGGCAUUGCGCACCUGGAAAAGCUCCGCCUGCAGGAAUUGCGCAACGCGGAACUAGAGCGGUCGCAGCAGCAACAGCAACAACAGCAGCAGCAGCAACAGCAGCAGCUGCGACAGCUUCAGCAACAGGACCCCUCAAGCCUCCUAACCUCUUCCGCGGCCCUCCAAGCCCUAGGCCUCGGCGGACUCUUCCCCUUACCUCCCCCCGUCGCUUCCUCCUCUCUCGCGUCGCUCUCCGCCCCUCUGGGGCCGCUUUCUGACAACCUCGCGACAGCUGCGGCGGCGGCGGCGGCAGCGGCCGCCGCGUCCGAUCCGCUAUUAAGUAUCGCUGCUAGAAGGCAGCUAUCGCUACUUGCCGCGUCGCGAUCGUUAUCCAGCGAUUUCGCGGAUCGAAUGCGCGUGGGGGGAGAUCGAUCUGUGGUGGGCGGAGGGAGCGGGGCGGGCGGAAGCUUGGGCGGGCUGGGCGCAGCGCUUGGGGGCCUGAGCGGAACGACGGGGAGCAGUCCGGGCGGACACGAGCGGGUUCCGCUCGACGUGGUGAUGGCAGCUUCGGCAGGCGCAGCUUUGGGUAGAGAAGGAUUCCACAGGCUCGGCGGAGGCUUGGGCGGAGGUUUGGGCGGUGGCUUGUUUGGUGCGGGUGGAUUAGGGCUUGGCGGGGGGUUGGGCGGAGGGCUGGGGGCCGGCGCAGCGGGGACGCGGGGAGGGACCGCGAGCGAAGGAGGCGCGGGGUUCGGGAGUAUCUUUGGAGGGGGGUUGAGGGGGGCGGCGGUGGCGGCGGCCGCGGCAGCUGCGCACGCAGCGAGUACGGGAAGGGCCGGCACUGGCGGAGCGAUGCAGUCGCUUAGCGAGUUCGCCAUCCGGCGGCUUCAGAUCCUGAACGACUUACGGCAGGUGGAAUCAGCAGGCGGGGGAUCGAAUCUCGACGUUGGCGCGUUUGGCGGCGCAGGGGGGCCGGGGGGCGGGAGUGUGGCGAUCGGCGCGGGGUACAACUCGUGGGAGGUCGACAGCAGCUCGCGCACCCCAGGGUCCCGCGGAACAGCCCUGGACGCAGCGCUAGGCGCAGCGCCGGGGGGAGCGUCAGGGGGAACGCCAGGGGGAAUGUUCGGGGGAACGUUAGGAUCGGCCGCAGGGGGGGGUCUUGCUGGGGCGGCUUCUUCCCGCGGGCUGUCUAAUCUCGCAUCAGGCGCGCGCGCAGGCGGGGGAAGCGCGGAGAUGAGCGCUGGCGGGGCCGUCGGAAGCGGAAUGGGCGCUGGGGGCGCGGCUAUAAGCUCUGGGGGAGGCGGUAGCCCGGGGGGAAGCUCGCUUUCCGCGCAUCUGCCCAGCGCCGUGCCUCUUUCUGCCACUGGCGCGGGGCUGGGGCCUUCUGGUUUGCGCCACAGCAGCUAUGGGGGGGAUGGGGGAACUGAGGGGUCACCCUUUGGGGGAGGCAGAGGCGGAGGCGGGGGCGGAGGGGGAGGCGGAGGGGGAGGGGGGAUGGGCGGCGGAAGGAAUCUUGAGGAGGAAAGCGGGAAAAAGGGUUUUUUGGGGGGAUUUGACCAGAGGCGGGGUAGUGGGGGGAAUGAUGCUAGUGGGGAGCGACUGGGGGCGGGAGAGGGCGGAAGGGGCGCAAUGUUUGGGCUAGGGGCGGGCAGGAGGGAGGAGGAGAAGGUGGGCAGAGAAAGGGCUUUCCCAGUGCAUCACACACACCCGUUCAUGCAUAGCUCCCGAACCGUGUCCGAGCCUGUGAGUGGAGCCUCGGCAUCGCUCAUCGCGUCCCUCUCCUCGCGAAUCCUUGCCGAAGCUCACAUGCGCGAGGCUGCAGCGGCAGGAGCGGCGGGAGGAAUGGGAGGAGCAGGGGCAGGAGGAAUAGGAGGAGCAGGAGGAGGAGCAGGGGCAGCAGGAGUGGCAGGAGCACCAGGGGCAGCAGGUAUCACCUAUGCUAACUCCCCAGCAGCUGCUGCAGCGGCAGCAGCCGCCGCAGCAGCGCAUCUGAAUCACCUAAACGCGGCAGCAGCAGCAUCGGCAGCAACAGCAGCAGCGGCAACAGCAGCGGCAACUGCAGCGGCAACUGCAGCAGCAACAGCAGCAGCGCACUUUGGAAAUUUGGCAGACCUAGACCCAACAGCAGCAGCAGCUGCUGCAGCAGCGGCGGCAGCAGCGGCGGCAGCAGCAGCAACCACAGCGCAACAACCCCCCAACCCUUCCUCCUCCCCCUCCCCAGGACAGGCGCUUUCCCCAUUUCCUUCCCCAGCCUCCCCAUUCUCCCCUGCCUCUUUAGCCGAUUCUCUCCUUUUGAACCGUCUCAAGGCGGAGUCUCAUUUGAGAGACUUGGCAGCAAGAGAUUCGAAAGCGGCGGAUUCGGCUCGCAGAGACGUGAAGGCGGAUGAUUUGGGUCCAAGAGACGUGAAAACGGCGAGCAUGGAGGAACAGUUACAAGGUUUGAAAGCGGCUCAAGAAGCAAGAGCAUCGCAAGAGGCGAAAGCAGCACACCUGGCUUUUAGGCUGCAGUUAGAGGGGCGUCUGGGACCACAGGAGGCAGCACGGCAGCUGGAUGCGUUUUCUGAGGCGCCACAGCAAAGCCAAAACGUGUUUUCUGAGCCCAGAGGAACGGAUUUGGCGCCUUUUGAGGCUCCCAGAGGAACGGAUUUGUCGCUGAUUCUUGAGUCGGCGCGAAAAGCGGCGCAGGAGUCGAAAGCUGCGGGUUUGGCUUUAAGGCUGCAGCUAGAGGGGAGGCUGGGACCGCAGGAGGCAGCACGGCAGCUGGAAGCGGCUAGGCUAGCCGCUGCUGGGGUUUUGGGGGGGGUGGGAGCAGGGGUAGGGGGGAGAGGCGGGGAGGUAGGCGCAGGGGUAGGCGCAGGGGGAGGGGGAGGGGGAGGGGGAGGGGGAAGCGCGGGGUCAGGCGCGGGGAGAGGGGGAUUGGAGGAAGCUGGAGCAGGAAUGGGAGCAGGUGUUGGGAAAGGGGGAGGAUUAGGGCUGGGGAUUGGAGGUGGGGAGAUGGGUGCAGGAGGGAGAGAGGGAGGUGGGUCCGUGCAGAAGGGGGAGAAGGAGAAUCACAUGUUUGGAACGGUUUUUGAGGCGCCUGAGAAGAAUAGGUCGUUUGAAGCUGCUUCAAAGGCUGGUGGUGCUGGUGGGGAUAUAUCAGGAGGGCGAGGUGGAGAGGGGUUUGGAAAGCAGGGGGAGGGAAGCAUGGGUCGGAAAGUGGCUGAGCAGGGAGAGUGGUUUGGAAAGCAGGGGGGGUCUAGACUGACGGAGGGUGGGGAGAAGAGACGGAAGGAGGAGGGGGUGGAUGAGGAAGAAGGGGGAUGGAAGGGACGUGAGGGUAUGGCAAAGAGGGGAAGGAGAGAGGAGGUGACAGAGGAGGUGAGGGGUGUGGGGGAUGAGGGGAGGAGGACGAGAGGAGUGGGAGGUGUGGGAGGGAUGGGGGAGGGGCAAGGGCAGGGGGUGCAGGUUCCGGCGAAUUUCUUCCUGAAUAGGUGGGCUUCGGUGGGGAGGAGUAAGGAGUUGGAAUUGGCAGCAGGGGGUUCGGUAGGUGCACCUGAAGCAGCACCAGCAGCAGCAGCAGCAGCAGCGGCAGCAGUAUCUCCAGCACGGAAAACAGCAGCAUCAGUGGCAGCAGCAGCCGGUGCUCCAGCCGGUGCCGCUACAGCUGGUGCCGCUACAGCCGCUGGUGCUACAGGCGUAAAUGCUUCAGCUGCUGGCUCUGGUAAUGCAGGCGUGGAGACUAAGUGGUCGAGUUUUGAGACGUCUCAGAACGCUACAGGCGUCAAUGCUACAGCUGCUGGCGCUGAUAAUGCAGGCGUGGAGACUAAGUGGUGGCGGCAAGUGAAUCUUAACCUGGAAGAGGCAGGUGCAAUGAGGAGCAGUGAUCGGGUGGUGCUUAGGGACGAAGCUGGGUUAAGUGGCAGUGGUGUCGGCAGCGAGGAGCGGAGGACAGCUGGGAAGGGGAGAGUAGAGAAUGAAGAGAAGGGGAGAGCGGAGGAGACAGGGAGAACGGAGGUGAAAGGGAGAGAGGAGGAGAGGAUAGGUAAGGAGGGGAGAAGAGUUAAGGAGGAAAUGGAGGUGGAAGACUGGAGGACAGGCGGGGAGAGCCGAGCAGUGGAGGAGAAAAGGAGAGCAGCGGAUGGGGAGAGGGUAGUGAAAAAGGAGGGAGCAGUGGAGGAGGAGAGGGCAGUUGAAGAGGAGAGAGCGGUAAAGGACUUGAGAAGCAACAUGGUUAAGUGCUUGGGGGAGGAAGUGGCUCGACGGGUCUUUGCCGCCAUGCAGUCUCAGGAGGAGGAGUGCGGCAGGCAGAUUCGCGAGCUGCAUGAGUUACAUGAGUCUCAGGAGGAGGAGUGCGCUAGGCAGAUUCGCAAGCUGCACUGCACCAUCUACAUGAGAGUGCGCGUGAGUCACAUCAUUUACAUAGAAGCAGCGGCAGCUCCUAUCUCAGCUACAGCCGGCAGUAUUAUCACACAUAGAAGCAGCGGCAGCGCUCAGGUACAACCGGCAGAGAUACUCACGAGACGUAAUAAUUCUCUCCGUAUGAAAUCCGCGUGUAGGGAGGUGCAUUUUGAGGCGCCUCAAAAGGCAGCGCGCAGAGAUACUCACGAGACGUCUCAAAAGCCGGCAGAGAUACUCACGAGACGUCUCAAAAGCCGGCAGAGAUACUCACGAGACGUCUCAAAAGCCGGCAGAGAUACUCACGAGACGUCUCAAAAGCUGGCAGAGAUACUCACGAGAUGUCUCAAAAGCCGGCAGAGAUACUCACGAGACGUCUCAAAAGCCGGCAGAGAUACUCACGAGACGUCUCAAAAGCCGGCAGAGAUACUCACGAGACGUCUCAAAAGCUGGCAGAGAUACUCACGAGACGUCUCAAAAGCCGGCAGAGAUACUCACGAGACGUCUCAAAAGCCGGCAGAGAUACUCACGAGACGUCUCAAAAGCCGGCAGAGAUACUCACGAGACGUCUCAAAAGCCGGCAGAGAUACUCACGAGACGUCUCAAAAGCCGGCAGAGAUACUCACGAGACGUCUCAAAAGCCGGCAGAGAUACUCACGAGACGUCUCAAAAGCCGGCAGAGAUACUCACGAGACGUCUCAAAAGCCGGCAGAGAUACUCACGAGACGUCUCAAAAGCCGGCAGAGAUACUCACGAGACGUCUCAAAAGCCGGCAGAGAUACUCACGAGACGUCUCAAAAGCCGGCAGAGAUACUCACGAGACGUCUCAAAAGCCGGCAGAGAUACUCACGAGACGUCUCAAAAGCCGGCAGAGAUACUCACGAGACGUCUCAAAAGCCGGCAGAGAUACUCACGAGACGUCUCAAAAGCCGGCAGAGAUACUCACGAGACGUCUCAAAAGCCGGCAGAGAUACUCACGAGACGUCUCAAAAGCCGGCAGAGAUACUCACGAGACGUCUCAAAAGCCGGCAGAGAUACUCACGAGACGUCUCAAAAGCCGGCAGAGAUACUCACGAGACGACUCAAAAGCCGGCAGAGAUACUCACGAGACGUCUCAAAAGCCGGCAGAGAUACUCACGAGACGUCUCAAAAGCCGGCAGAGAUACUCACGAGACGUCUCAAAAGCCGGCAGAGAUACUCACGAGACGUCUCAAAAGCUGGCAGAGAUACUCACGAGACGUCUCAAAAGCCGGCAGAGAUACUCACGAGACGUCUCAAAAGCCGGCAGAGAUACUCACGAGACGUUUCAAAAGCCGGCAGAGAUACUCACGAGACGUCUCAAAAGCUGGCAGAGAUACUCACGAGACGUCUCAAAAGCCGGCAGAGAUACUCACGAGACGUCUCAAAAGCCGGCAGAGAUACUCACGAGACGUCUCAAAAGCCGGCAGAGAUACUCACGAGACGUCUCAAAAGCCGGCAGAGAUACUCACGAGACGUCUCAAAAGCCGGCAGAGAUACUCACGAGACGUCUCAAAAGCCGGCAGAGAUACUCACGAGACGUCUCAAAAGCCGGCAGAGAUACUCACGAGACGUCUCAAAAGCCGGCAGAGAUACUCACGAGACGUCUCAAAAGCCGGCAGAGAUACUCACGAGACGUCUCAAAAGCCGGCAGAGAUACUCACGAGACGUCUCAAAAGCCGGCAGAGAUACUCACGAGACGUCUCAAAAGCCGGCAGAGAUACUCACGAGACGUCUCAAAAGCCGGCAGAGAUACUCACGAGACGUCUCAAAAGCCAGCAGAGAUACUCACGAGACGUCUCAAAAGCCGGCAGAGAUACUCACGAGACGUCUCAAAAGCCGGCAGAGAUACUCACGAGACGUCUCAAAAGCCGGCAGAGAUACUCACGAGACGUCUCAAAAGCCGGCAGAGAUACUCACGAGACGUCUCAAAAGCCGGCAGAGAUACUCACGAGACGUCUCAAAAGCCCCAACCCCCCCCUCCUCCGCCCCCUCCCCGUCCCCCUCCUCUCCUUCCGCCCUUCCUUUCAUGUCCACAGAAGCAGCGGCAGCUUCUGUCUCAGCUACAGCCGGCAGACAUACCACCUCCCUCCUCCACCCCCACCUCAUCCCUCCCCUUCCCUGCUGCUGCUCCUCGCUCCACCUCCUCCCUUCCCUCCCUGGCUGCUGCUCCUCCCGCGACCUCUCUCCAUAUGGGUGGAGGAGAAGCAACAGCAACAGCAACAGCCCCCCCUGCUACUCGCCCUUCCACCCUCUUUCCUACCGUUUCCGCACCUCUUUCCUGCAGCAGACCCACACCCACGUUCAAACCGCCUGAGAGUUGGGCUGGGGCCACCUUCCCAUCAAUCCGUGCUUUCGUCCUACCUGGUCUGUUUGCCCCUUCCAUUCCCCCUCUUCCAUCCUCUUCCCCACUCUCUCUAUCCCUCGCGCCCUCCCUCCCUCCCUCCUUCCCUCCCUCCCUCCCUCCCUCCUCCCUCCCUCCCUCCCUCCCUCCCUCCCUCCCUCCCUCCCUCCCUCCCUCCCUCCCUCCCUCCCUCCCUCCCUCCCUCCCUCCCUCCCUCCCUCCCUCCCUCCCUCCCUCCCUCCCACCCUCUCUCUUCCCCACCCUUCAACCCUCCUGCGAGCUGCGCCCGGACCACCUAUGCAUCCAACUGCCAACAGUGCUCCGGUCCUAACCCGUCCUUGCGUUCAACUCGCCGGAGAGCUGGCCUCACCGGAGAGCUGCAUCUUUUGAGACGUCUCCGCGCCCCCCUUUCUCCUCUCUCAGACUCGCAGCAUUCAACCCGCCUGGAAGCGGGGCUCUGGCUGUCUGCAUGCACCAGUGCUCUUCUGGGCUCGGGCCGCCUAUGCCUGCAACGGUGCUCCGGACCUCCUAACCAGUCGCUCUCUCCCCGCCUCCCUUUCUCCUCUCUUAUCCUCUCAGCCUUCAACCCGCCUGAGAGCUGGGCUCGGGCCGCCUAUGCCUGCAACGAUGCUCCUGGAGUGGCAAGGGAACAUGAGGAGGAGGAGAAAAGGGAGAGAGGAGAAGGGGAGGAGGAGCAGAAGGCGAGAGCGGAGGAGGGGGAAUGGGAGGAAGAGAAAAGGGAGACAGAGGACGGUACGAGAGAGAGGGGAGGAGGGGUGCGAGGAAAGGAAGGAGAGGAAAGAGGAGAAGGGAAAGAAGAAGGGUUGCAGCAGCAGGAGAGGGAGGGAACGGACUGUGUUGGAGAGGAUAAGGGGAAAGGAAGGGAAGGGGAGCAAUGUGAGAAAGGGGAUGCAGGAAAGGGAGGGAAAAGGAGAGGCGAUGGGGGAGUUGAGGUUUCUGCAGAGGAGGAAGGGGUUACGGUGGCUCGUGUUGACAGGGAAAUGGUGGUCGAUGUUUGCAAUAUUGUGGAGAGAAAUACAAUGGAUGGGGUUAGGGGUAAAGGGGACUUGAAGGAAGGGGAGAAAGAGUGGGUUGCGAGAGAGGAGGGGGCGAAAGGGGAGGGGGAGAAAGUGGGAGGGGAGAGAGCAGAAGAGAAAGAGGGAAGGGAGAAAGAGGAAGGGGAGGAAGCAGAGGCGAAGAAAGAGAAAGUGGAAGGAGACGCCGCAGGAGAGGAGGGAGGAGGAGAGAUAAAGGAAGGAGCUAAAGCAAAGAUCGAGAAAAAGGAGGAAGUAAAGGAGGGAGGAGUGAAUAUAGGAAAGGGGGGGCAGGAGCUGCGGCCCAGAGGACAGCACGAGUGGCCGGGGGUGCAGCAGGAGCUGCAGGCGGGGGGGCAGAAUGAGCUGCAGGCGGGGGGGCAGCAGGAGCGGCAGGCGGGGGGGCAGCAGGAGCUGCAGGCGGGGGGGCAGCAGGAGCUGCAGGCGGGGGGGCAGCAGGAGCUGCAGGCGGGGGGGCAGCAGGAGCUGCAGGCGGGGGGACAGCAGGAGCUGCAGGUGGGGGGGCAGCAGGAGCCGGCCGGAGGGCGGCAGGCGCAUGAGGCGAUGGAGGUGGAGCAGGGGGCCGGGGAGCAGCAGGAGUUGCGUGCUGGGGGGCAGCAGAAGCUGCAGGCGGGGGGACGGCAGGAGCUGCAGUCGGGGGGACAGCAGGAGCUGCAAGAGGAGGGUCACCAGGAGCUGCAAGCGGGAGGGCAGCAGGAGCUGCAGGCGGGGGGGCAGCAAGAGCUGCAUGAGCUGGAGGUGGAGAUGGAGGAGCCACAAGAGGAGGCGCGAGGGGAGCUGCCGGUAGGCGUGCAGGAGGGGAGUCAAAUCGGGAAUCAACCCCAGUCGCAGGAAGGGCGGCGGCAAGGGUGUCAUGAGGCGAACCAGCCCUUGACUGGAAGCGUACAACAGGGGUUGCCGAUGGGGGAGUCGCAGGAGUUGCAGGUGCAGGAUCAGCAGGGGGUCACUAGCCCGGGCGGCACGGGCCAAGCGGAAAGGCCGCGGGCGCGGCGCCGAAGGGGGCGACGACAGGGAGGGCAGAGGGCCGGGGGCCAGCCAGGGGUGACCGGAGCAUCCGAGGGAGUGAUACAGCCAGGAGGGCAGCCGGGGGUGACCGGAGCACCCCUGGGAGCGCUACAGCCAGGGGGGCAGCCAGGGGUGACAGGAGCACCCCACGGAGCGCUACAGCCAGGGGGGCAGCUGGGGGCGAUUGGAGCACCCCAGAGAGAGCAGCAGCCAGGGGGGCAGCCGGGGGUGACCGGAGCACCCCGGGGAGUGCUACAGCCAGGGGGGCAGCCGGGGGUGACCAGAGCACCCCUGGGAGUGCUACAGCCAGGGGGGCAGCCAGGGGUGACCGGAGCACCCCUGGGAGUGCUACAGCCAGGGGGGCAGCCGGGGGUGACAGGAGUACCCCACGGAGCGCUACAGCCAGGGGAGCAGCUGGGGGCGAUUGGAGCACGCCAGAGAGAGCAGCAGCUAAGGGGGCAGCCGGGGGUGACCGGAGCACCCCGGGGAGUGCUACAGCCAGGGGGGCAGCCGGGGGUGACCGGAGCACCCCAGGGAGCGCUACAGCCAGGGGAGCAGCUGGGGGUGACCGGAGCACCCCUGGGAGUGCUACAGCCAAGGGGGCAGCCGGGGGGGACCGGAGCACCCCAGGGAGCGCUACAGCUAGGGGAGCAACUGGGGGUGACCGGAGCACCCCAGGGAGCGCUACAGCUAGGGGAGCAGCUGGGGGUGACCGGAGCACCCCUGGGAGUGCUACAGCCAGGGGGGCAGCCGGGGGUGACAGGAGCACAUCAGGGAGCGCCUUGGCCAGGGGAGCAGCUGGGGGCGAUUGGAGCACCCCAGAGAGAGCAGCAGCCAGAGGGGCAGCCGGGGGUGACCGGAGCACCCCGGGGAGUGCUACAGCCAGGGGGGCAGCCGGGGGUGACCAGAGCACCCCUGGGAGUGCUACAGCCAGGGGGGCAGCCAGGGGUGACCGGAGCACCCCUGGGAGUGCUACAGCCAGGGGGGCAGCCGGGGGUGACAGGAGUACCCCACGGAGCGCUACAGCCAGGGGAGCAGCUGGGGGCGAUUGGAGCACGCCAGAGAGAGCAGCAGCUAAGGGGGCAGCCGGGGGUGACCGGAGCACCCCGGGGAGUGCUACAGCCAGGGGGGCAGCCGGGGGUGACCGGAGCACCCCAGGGAGCGCUACAGCCAGGGGAGCAGCUGGGGGUGACCGGAGCACCCCUGGGAGUGCUACAGCCAGGGGGGCAGCCGGGGGGGACCGGAGCACCCCAGGGAGCGCUACAGCUAGGGGAGCAACUGGGGGUGACCGGAGCACCCCUGGGAGUGCUACAGCCAGGGGGGCAGCCGGGGGUGACCGGAGCACCUCAGGGAGCGCUACAGCCAGGGGAGCAGCUGGGGGUGACCGGAGCACCCUUGGGAGUGCUACAGCCAGGGGGGCAGCCGGGGGUGACCGGAGCACCGCAGGGAGCGCUACAGCCAGGGGAGCAGCUGGGGGUGACCGGAGCACCCCUGGGAGUGCUACAGCCAGGGGGGCAGCCGGGGGUGACAGGAGCACCCCAGGGAGCGCUACAGCUAGGGGAGCAGCUGGGGGUGACCGGAGCACCCCUGGGAGUGCUACAGCCAGGGGGGCAGCCGGGGGUGACAGGAGCACAUCAGGGAGCGCCUUGGCCAGGGGAGCAGCUGGGGGCGAUUGGAGCACCCCAGAGAGAGCAGCAGCCAGAGGGGCAGCCGGGGGUGACCGGAGCACCCCUGGGAGCUCUACAGCCAGGGGGGCAGCCGGGGGUGUCCGGAGCACCCCAGGGAGCGCUACAGCUAGGGGAGCAGCUGGGGGUGACUGGAGCACCCCUGGGAGUGCUACAGUCAGGGGGGCAGCCGGGGGUGACCGGAGCACCCCAGAGAACACAGCAGCCUGGGGGGCAGCCGGGGGUGAUCGGAGCACCCCAGAGAACACAGCAGCCUGGGGGGCAGCCGGGAGUGACCGGAGCACCCCAGAGAACACAGCAGCCUGGGGGGCGGCCGGGAGUGACCGGAGCACCCGAGGGAGAGCAGCAGCCAGGGGGGCAGCCGGGGGUGACCAAAGCACCCCACGGAGUGCUACAGCCAGGGGGGCAGCCGGGGGUGACCGGAGCACCCCAGGGAGUGUUACAGCCAGGGGGGCAGCCGGGGGUGACCGGAGCACCCCUGGGAGUGCUACAGCCAGGGGAGCAGCUGGGGGUGACCGGAGCACCCCUAGGAGUGCUACAGGCACGGGGGCAGCCGGGGGUGACCGGAGCACCCCAAGGAGUGCUACAGCCAGGGGGGCAGCCGGGGGUGACCGGAGCACCCCUGGGAGUGCUACAGCCAGGGGGCCAGUCGGGGGUGACAGGAGCACCCCAGGGAGCGCUACAGCCAGGGGAGCAGCUGGGGGCGAUUGGAGCACCCCAGAGAGUGCAGCAGCCAGGGGGGCAGCCGGGGGUGACCGGAGCACCCCUGGGAGUUCUACAGACAGGGGGGCAGCCGGGGGUGACUGGAGCACCCCAGGGAGUGCUACAGCCAGGGGGGCAGCCGGGGGCGACCGGAGCACCCCUGGGAGUGCUACAGCCAGGGGGGCAGCCGGGGGUGACCGGAGCACCCUAG